AUGGGGAGAAUUAAGAAGGUGGCGAGCCAAAAACAUGAGGCUACGAUCUCCCCUUAUUUGUCAGAUUUCGUAUCUCGUGCUACAACUAUACCCGUCCCCGAGCUUCCCUCACAUCUCAGCACCUUUCCUCGCAUAUGGCCUUUUCCAAGAGGUGAUCUAUAUCAUUGGAUUAAUGUUCUGAACCGCUUCGACGAGAUCUUGGCUACUGCCAAUGAAAAAUAUGGUCUAAAUAAUGGCCCUCAAACCAAGCCGUUCAGCAGACAUGUCCUGGCGGACUCCUAUGCAAGUGAUGACAGCAAAUCAAACCCGGAGGAUAUCGACGCUAAGUUGACCGCUCUUGGCUAUGGUGUAGAGGGUGACAGAGAGCUCUUGGAAGCAAUUCUCGACUUUUCCAGGUUACUGUUGGAUAAGUGCGGUAAUCGCAGCUUGUAUAGCAGCAGUGAACGGCUAGGGGAACUUCUGAAUACCACGUCACUUUGUCUUCUCCAGUCUACCCUUCGUUUGUCACUCUCUUUGGCUCAAAGAUAUCAUUCUCGCCAGCGGGGUAGUACCCACCUCCAACAGAGCCUCCUGGCAGCCCACUUUAACAUUGAUUUGGAAAAACUGCAAAAGAUUGCUGCGCCUUUCCCGCGCCCUUCCGUAUUGAACAAGACACCUGUAUCUCCUUCUGUUGGCGUUAAGGGCAAGGAGAAAGGUUCCCAAAUCAAGCACGAUGCCAACGACCUGGCUGCCCUUGUACGCGAAAGUGAUGCUUGGGAAGAGUGGGGUCAUGUGCAUCUGCUUUAUUAUCCUUCUGGCACUUCGGACCAGGCCAAGCCACCAUCGGAGGUUGUACAUGGUGGGCUACCGACGCAGACUCCUACCACGCCAACACCUCUGCGUAGAAGUCAUACCCACCCCACGCCUCGUUUGAGCCGCACCUCGAUCAUGGAGGAUUCUCCUGGCUCUUCUGUGAAUACUCCCUCAGGAAAACUGGAAGAAGCGACAAGGGGCGGAAAGGUCCUUGAUAUUCCAUACUCAAGCAUCUCUUCGUCGACACCCGAUAGUCUUGUUGCAUUGCACGUGGAAGAGUUGCCUGACGACUCCAAAUAUGAGCUGCUCCACAGAAUUCGGAUUGCCCAGGGACUGGCAACAUCUCCUUCUAGCCGCGAACAGAUUCUUGCCAUCAGGUUGCUUGCUAUCACCAACUUGGCUUACGUAUAUCCCGAGUCGCUAUUUCAACAGAAGAUCCUCCAGUACGAUAUGGAACAGCCGAAACGUUUGCAGCUGGCUUAUCAACUGGGCGAGCUGGUUCAUCUGGGCGCAAGUGGUGAUCUUCCAGUCUCUCGAAGUGUACAAACAUUGGUACUCCAGGCUCUUGACUCUUUGGCCAAACACAAAUCACGAGCAAUCGACGUCUGUGCUGCAUUAAGUGUUAAUGUAAACCAUGGUGUUCUCAUGUUCCUGACCCGGAAGGCUGUCAAUGAAUUAGGCUCAGAAGACAGUAGGACGGAUGAUGGUAGUGAGGAUGAGUGGCGGGAUGCGUUACUUGCUCUUUUGCGAACGCUUCCUGGCUCAAGCACGAGGACACCCGAGACCCUUGUUUCUGCUGGCUUAAUUCCCAUGUUCGUUGAUGUUUUGAACCUCCGAACUGAGAAGGCUCGUCGUGUUUAUUCUCGAAUUAUGGAAUUCCUCGAUACCUUUGUCCAUGCAGUUCGUGAUGCGCUUGGGACUCUCACAGCAGCCAAGGGGUUUGACGCAAUUUCGGAUUUGAUCGAUUUUGAAACCAAAACUUCCUUCGAGAAUGUAUCCCGCGGCGCAGGAAUUCCUUCUCAUCACAAGACCCCGUCAAUUGAUUACCAGAUACCGUAUUUUCAGCAGCAGACACUCAGGUGGAUGUUCCGGUUUGUCAAUCAUAUUAUGCAGCAUAACGGCGGUGGUUUUGAUCGUGUUCUUCGAAAUUUGAUUGACUCACCUCAACUGCUGACGUCCCUUCGUUUGGUCUUUGAAAACGCCCGUGUCUUUGGGUCUCAUGUCUGGAGCAACGCAGUCAAUAUUCUUAGUAGUUUUAUUCACAACGAGCCCACUAGUUAUGCAGUCAUUGCUGAGGCUGGUUUGAGCAAGAGCUUUCUACAAGCUGUCACACACAGUGAGAUAAAAGCACAAGAGAAGUUGCCUGUUGAUACGGAGGGUGCUGAAGUUGAAGGGGAAUCAUCCGCUAGACUGUCCGAGGUCGACACUAGCCAGUCGGGCAGUGUGCCUCAGAAGACCCGUGAGUAUGAGCUGGCAAGGUCGAAGGAUGCAAAGUUAGCCUUAGGUAUCAUGCCCGCAGCGGAAGCUUUAUCAUGCAUUCCAUCGGCUUUUGGAGCAAUCUGUCUUAACUCAUCUGGACUUGAACUCUUUCAGUCAUCCCAUGCUCUGGAAAGCUUUUUCGAGAUCUUCGAAAAUCCCGAGCAUGUGAAAUGCCUGAAAGAUGAUCCCAACCUCGUACGUUCGCUAGGAACCACGUUUGAUGAGUUAGUACGGCAUCAUCCUGCGCUGAAGUCAACAAUCAUGGCUGCCGUCAUUGUGAUGGUCGCACGAGUUGGCUUUCUGUGUAGGAGUAAGGCUUGGUCGGAUGGCAUGGGAUCCAAGCUGUGGACAGAUAACACCCUGGGAAAGCCAGUGCUUUCUGGACCAGCAUAUCAUCUGUUUCGAAAGAUUGGUGGCACGAGAGUCGCUGGGGACAUUGCACCGUCGGAUCUUGGUAUUCGGGAGAUCAAAUCUGGGGCACUACCAGACGGUGGCAUCAUGAAAACCGGCGAUUUAAGCCUUGUUCUCCCUGCCUCUAAUACCGACAUCGAACCGAAGGACGUAGACUCUACAGGUCUCACUGUUACGGACUACCUUUACCCCGUAUUGCGAUUCUUAGGUGCUUUCUUUGAAAACCAAUCGAAUUGCACCUACUUUAUCGAAUGUGGUGGCGUGGAGUUCGUUUUGGAUAUUGCAACUCUGCAAAGUCUCCCAUUUGAUUUCCAUAACACUGAUGCUAACCAGGAGCUCACUGUUUUGGUGCAUAUGUUGGCGGAAACGAAGCCUCACCUUGUCUUGCCCGGGCUUGUUGAUCGCGCAGAGCAGAUUGUGGAACAACUAUCUGAGUUCUGGCGUCUGUCGGGACCCCGGGAAUCAGGUUUCUUCACCCCUCUGAUCAAGCCACCUCUUGAGAAUGAGCCCAAGGAACAAGACGACAAAUCCUGGGAACUCGCAAAAGAUAAUGGGACAUACUUUGCUAAGAAUAUGGUGGCUGCACUUAUCUUAACGGAUCUUCUUCGCGAAGUUUACUCCAUGCCAUUAUAUCAGACCCGACCCAGCCAGCAGACUUCUGCAUUUGCACAAGUCAAUCUAGCCGAUCGUUAUUGUUCUCUUAUUGGACGACUCGGAGGUUUGCAUGCGGCUUGUGUGUGGGAGGAAAUUCUUCUAGAGAAGAAUAUACCUGACACCUGGGACCAGGCAACGAAAGUGCAACUAACUGGCCUGGGUUCAGAAAAACCUAAUGAAUCUUCGGGAGCCGCGAAUGCAGAAACAAGCUCAGCUGUGCCUGCGCCUCUUCGCGAAGGUUCGACUACGAGUGAGCCUGUUCAACCAGGUGUCGCUCAGGAGCCCAGAGGAGAUACCUCUAACCCCCCCGAAAAUAGCGUAGCUUUUAAGAAUGUCCAAGCGCUUCGCUACCUUCUUAGCUCCUUGCCUUCCUCAAUAACGGGCUUCUUCCACAAUUUGGGCCUCGGUCUUAUUGGGAAGCGGCGGAUAGAUCUCUACCAGAAGCAGAAUGCAACUUCGGUGGCUGAGGCCAUUGCGGGCGCUGUGCUCGAGCAACUCCAAUUCGCGCCCCCGAACACUAGUGGUAACCACAAGCUCCGAUUUGCUUACCUCAUUGUUAUCCUUUCCUCAUUCUCGCAUUUGCUUUACGAAGCUACUGCAGAUCGCCCCCAUUCUCAUUACCUCACUCUGGUCCUCUUUGCGUUCAAACGCAUUCAUGGUUUGAAAGCCAUGAAAGAUAUCUGCGACGUCUUUGUGCGUGAGGUCAAGACUCUCACACCUCCCGAGUCGGUGCCUGACUCUGAGAAGGACGUGUCAGCUCGACUUACUUCUGCUUAUGGAGGUAUUAAGAUUAUACUUAGCUUUUUCUCUGAGCUCGCCUCGGGCAAGAAUAUUGUCGAGUCUAGCCAAACGCAAGCCAUGACGGGCAGUGACCGGGAGCGGGACCGUCCCGACUACUUCCAACCAGGCCAAUUCCUGGUUGACCUUCGGAUGGAGAUAUUGCCGAUGGCUCGGGACUUGUGGAAUUCCGAUUUUGCUACCCAGUCUUCAAGUUCAGUUAUCAAGUGCUUGGUGGAUAUUUUGCGCUCAUCGCUAGACGGCGAAUAUGAAACUGGGGCCGCCCAGCGCUCUAAUCUACCACCCGCAUUGACUGAGGUGUCUAGGAGAAAACUAGUUAUCAACAGGGAUCGUGUUGCCGCUUUGCAGGCGAAAGAUUUCGAUCUAGAAGUUGUAAAGGAGGCCCUGUACCGCUGCAACAACCAGUAUGCCCCAGCCGAAGAAUACUGCAAGGCACAAGACUGGUUACUACCUGCUCCGAGAAUACCACCACCUCCCAACGACAUUGAGUCUGUUCGAACAUCAGGUGGUGAAACUUCCGAAGAGCCGGCCGGUGGAGACGCCUCGUCUUUCGACAGUCGGUUCCUCGACCGUUCGACACUUGCAAUGCUUAUAGCGCAAGCUUCUGGCCGAUCGGAUGACAUUCCAAGCCAGGAACAAGGCCAGGGUGGCCCAGUCGAAACCGAAGUCAGACAUGGCUCUGAAUUCCUAGCUCGAGCGUUGAGUCAUAUUCUUAAUGAUGACCAUAGCGCAGUCGACAGCGACCGAGAGGACACCCGUAACCUCAACCCUACCGGGGGGGAAUUUUUGGAGCCAUCAAACCAUUCGACAGACCCAUCCUCUGAGCAGCGAAUGGAACAAUCGACAAGACGACGCGAAGUUACCACGGUCGAAGAUUUAGACAGGGAGCGCGAGAAGGUCCGGGCGAAUCUGAUUGAGCGCUGCCUAGAUGUCCUAAAUGAGCACCAUGACGUGUCCUUCGAAUUGGCUGACCUGAUCGCUUCUGCGACGAAGAAGCACCGUGACCCUGAAAGCUUCCGGAAGGAGGUUGGAGAGAUCCUUGUUCAAUCUCUUGUUUCAUUGCAAAUGGAGAACUUCCAAGCAGCUGGAAAGAAGGUGGCUGCUUAUGCCCAUCUCCUCGCGCUAGUAGUCCAAGACAGAGACAUGUAUAACGCUACACUGGAGGAACUGAAAGAGUGUUUCACUACAUUCCUCGGGUUUAUCUCUGUGCCUUCCGAGAAGUCUUCGGAUGAGUCCUUCCCAUGGAUCGGGCAUGUUCUACUGGUCCUGGAGAAAUUGCUCUCUGACGACGCCCAACCUCCUCAGAUUCGAUGGAACAUGCCUGAUAAUGAUAACCCAGGUGUGGAAGAUGAUGCUCCCGCUCAGUUAGACGAGCCUCUUAUUUCCAAUGAACAGAAGACGCAGCUUUUUGAGGCUCUUGUCGAAAUUCUUCCUAGAGUUGGAAAGGAUGACACCUUGGCACUCUCUGUUUGUCGGGUUCUUGUUAUACUUACUCGGAAUCGCAGCAUUGCAACCCGCCUAGGCGAAAAGCGCAGCUUGCAGCGCCUUUUUGUCAUGAUGAAGCAGCUUUCAAGCACCACAAAUGAAAAGCUCCAGGGUGCAUUCAUGUUGAUUUUGAGACACAUUGUGGAAGACGAGGACACCAUUAGACAGAUAAUGAGAAGUGAGAUUGUCGCGAACUUUGAAUCGAAAUCUUCUCGCCAGAUCGACACGACCGGUUACGUGCGGCAGAUGUAUCACCUCGUCCUUAGGUCGCCGGAACUGUUCGUGGAAGUCUCCAACGAAAAACUGAAGCUGCAGCGAUACGAUAGCCGGCAACGCCCACAGGUUCUCACCUUGAAGUCUGACAAGAAUACUGGCUCCUCAGACAAAGAAGCGGCCCAGGAUAUUACAGAAAACACGAUGGAUGGUAGCCAGACUUCGGCCGAUGCUCAGCCAGAGGAUAAAGACAAAGGCAAAGGGCCAGAGUUGAGGCCGCCUGUUGUAGAGAAUCCUGAUGGCGUCAUCCACUACCUGCUUUCGGAGCUUCUAUCCUACAAGGAUGUAGACGACAAGGAGCCUUCGACAGAGGCUACAGAAGCAUCUGUGCCUGAACAAUCAGAAGCCCAAACUGAUGUGGAAAUGGCGACUGAUGAACCUUCACCCUCUGUUUCUACCACUGACUUGCAUGCUACACGUAAUACUAAGAAAGCAGAGAAACCGUCCUUCAAAGCAGAUGACCACCCGAUCUAUAUAUACCGCUGCUUUCUCCUUCAAUGCUUGACCGAGCUUCUUUCGUCGUAUAACCGCACGAAGGUGGAGUUUAUCAACUUCUCUCGCAAAGCAGAUCCGCUUGCAACUACUCCUUCCAAGCCUCGAGCGGGUAUUUUGAAUUACCUGCUGAAUGCUCUUGUCCCCAUUGGUACCAUGGAGCAUGAUGAGUCUGUUGCGUUCAAGAAGCGCGCCAACACAUCUGCUUGGACGAUGCGUGUGCUUGUAGCGUUGUGCACAAAGACCGGUGAGUUUGGCGGGACUGGCAGACGCCGAAGCGAGCAAAACUCGAAUGAAGAAGAUGAGCCCGAGCUUGCCUUUGUGCGGAGGUUCGUUCUAGAGCAUGCACUGCGAGCAUACAAAGAGGCAAAUGCGUCAAACGAGCCUUUGGAUGCCAAGUAUUCUAGAUUGAUGUCACUGGCCGAUUUAUUUGACAAAAUGCUUAGUGGUUAUGCUUUCGUUUCCGGAGAUACUGCAUUCCCAUCCUCGACUAGGCAGCUUGCAAAAACGAUGUUUGAAAAGAAUUUCAUCGCCGCUCUUACAUCCUCGGUCGCUGAAAUCGAUCUGAAUUUCCCUGCAUCUAAACGGGUCAUCAAGUACAUACUGCGUCCCCUUAACAAACUUACGCAAACGGCAGUGAUCUUGAGUGAGACGUCCGACAUCUCUACUCUCGGAGAAACAGAGGAAGAUGAAAUAUCCUCUGCCACCUCAGUUUCUGACCUGGAAGAUGACCGUGAAGAGACCCCUGACCUUUUCCGCCAUUCCACCCUGGGUAUGUUAGAGCCUCGUCAUGAAGAAGAAACUAGCUCCGAAGAAUCGGAUGAAGAAGAUGAUGGGAUGUAUGACGAUGAAUAUGAAGACGAAAUGGAUUAUGAAGAAGACUUGCCCGAAGAUGAUGGCGAAGUCGUAAGCGACGAAGAAGACGAGAUUGAAGGUGUUGGUCCCAUUGAGGGCCUUCCUGGCGAUUCCGGCAUGGACAUUGAGGUUGUCAUUGAUGAUGAUGAGGAUGAUGAUGACGAGGAUGAUGACGAAGAUGAAGAUGACUCCGAUAUGGAGGACGACGAGAUCCUCGCCGGAGAGAUAACAGGGGACCAAGACAACGAGAGUUUAGAGGAAGGUGAUGAUGAUGAAUGGGAGAGCGAAGAGAUGUCCGAAGAUGAUGAGGAGGCUGAAAUCAUGAAUCAGUUCGAGGACGAACUGGCUGGAAUUAGACAAGCGGAUCAGCGUGAUGAAGGACAGAGAUUUGAUGAUUUGUUCCGGGUACUCAAUGAAGCUGCCGGAGGUGUUGAGGAUCUUCAGGCUCCUGACAGUCUUGAUGACAUUGUUGAUGAUGACUUGAAUGAUGAUGAUGAAGAUGAGGAAAUCGAUGAGCUUGAGGAGGAACUUGAAGAUGCCGACGAAGAUCAAGGAUCUUAUCAAGGCUUUGACGAUGAUGAAGACCUCAUUGAACCAUGGGGCUGGGAUGGCGAUGAGCCUCCACUAACCCGUGGACAUCAUCACCACCGCUACCGUGGUCAGCCAGGAUGGGCUGCAGUUACAGGCAUAAUGCCCAGUAGCGGCCGGCAUGGAAUCGUUCCUAUUCAACCCUACCGAUUCCACCGAACUCAGAUCCCUGCCCGUGGUAAUGACGAUGGGACAAACCCUCUUCUUGUCCGGACAGACCGUGGCCCCGAGGCUGGCCAAUCUCGUGGACCUGGCAAUGAAGCUUUUACCGAUUGGGUUCAUGGCAUGGAACCUGUUUCCACUGGACGCCUGCUCCCUAUGGACAGCCCUGUGAGCUUCAUGAACGCGAUUAUGCAGGCCAUUGGAGGCCAAGGUACUCCAGGCUUUGGCGUUAUCACACGCCCAGAUGGAAUUCAUGUUCAUGUUGACAGACGAGCUAUUUUGCCCAACCGCAUUCAAGAUAUUUUUGGGCUUGGUAGGCCGCAAGCACCCCCGUCUCGCACUCGGGAUGAUCCAUCUCAAGCUGUGAGCUUUGCGCUGGCAACGACUAGAAGUCGCUGGCAGGAAGAGGCCCGUAUAUUGUUUAGCAGCACAUACGUUGAAAAGACGCAGCGUGUUGUCAACUCGUUGCUGAAGAUACUGGUUCCUCCUGCUAUUGAAGAAGAGAAGGAGCGAGAGAAGAAGAUGGCAGAGGAGCUUAAGCGACGAGAGGAAGAAUUAGCUGAAAGGGAACGUCAGGAACGUAUUGCUCAGGAAGAAGAAGAAAAAGAGCAGAAGCGGAAAGAAGAGGAAGAAAAUGCUAGGCGACAGCAAGAAAGGGAGCAUGAAGAAACUGAAAGGCAAGCCUCGGGUGUUAUUUCUGAGCCCAUGGACGAUGUGCAGCCGACAGAUACCCAAGCUGAAGCUGCAACACUAUCAGCCCAAGCAGAAACGGGGCCGUCUGAACCUCAACCUCGGGUGCAUACUACUAUUAGAGGUCGCGAACUUGACAUUACUGGAAUGGAAAUCGACCCUGAGUACCUUGAGGCCCUGCCCGAGGAGCUUAGAGAAGAAGUAAUCAUGCAACAACUUGCAGAGCAACGCUCCCAGGCUGCUGCAGCUGGCGAAGAGCCCAGUGAGAUUAACCCGGAGUUCCUGGAAGCCUUGCCCCCAGAGAUUCGGGAAGAGCUAUUACAGCAGGAAGCUGCCGACCGUCGCCGUCGGGAGCGAGAAAGUGCACGCAGACAAACAACCACUAGUGGCGCUCCUCCACGCGCCGAAGACAUGGAUGCCGCUAGUUUCCUUGCCACCCUGGACCCUUCAUUGCGACAAGCCGUACUUGCUGACCAACCUGAGGAGAUACUAGCAACGCUGGGGCCAGAAUUUGUCACCGAAGCACGAGCUCUCCCUGGAAGGCGCUUGACCCAGUUUGGUGACAUUGCUAGAGUUGAUCAUCGGCAAAGAAAUGAGCCAACCGACGAACAAGAGCCGAAGAAGCAACAGCGGCGUCAGAUCGUCCAAAUGCUUGACAAAGCCGGUGUUGCUACGUUGCUCCGCCUUAUGUUUAUGCCACUUCAGGGCAAUGCACGCCAUCAGUUGAAUGACAUUCUGCAUAACGUUUGUGAAAACCGCCAGAAUCGAGUUGAAGUAAUAAGUCUUCUGCUUUCUGUCUUGCAGGACGGAAGCUCAGAUGUUUCUGCAAUCGAGCGCAGUUUUGCUCAACUUUCGCUCCGGGCCAAACCUUCCGCGAUCCAGAAGACCCCGCAGUCUGUCAAGCGCAAUCUGGCCUUCCAAACCUCUUCAAGUGUUAGCAAUGAAGUGACCCCAGUAAUGGUGGUGCAGCAAUGUCUCGGGACUCUUUCGUUCCUGUCUCAGUACAACCCUCAUAUCUCCUGGUUUUUCUUGACUGAGCAUGAUCCUUCAUCUACAUUGAAGUUGAAGGCCUUCCGCAAAGGUAAGGGUAAGGAAAACAAGGCCAAUAAGUUCGCGCUUAAUGCGCUCCUUACUCUCCUUGAUCGAAAAUUGAUAAUGGAAAGCCCGAAUUGCAUGGAGCAGCUUUCUAGCCUCCUCAGCAGCAUCACACAGCCACUCACCCUGCUACUUCGUCGUGAGAAGGAGAAGCAAGAUGAAGAAGACAAGGGCAAAAAGCCUGAGACAGCACAGGAUGACAGGCCGGCUGAGGAGCAGCAACAGGAACUACAGGAGCAACCGUCCGAUGCUGCAGAACCUACAUCUGCUACAGAUACAACGAUGACAGAUGCUCCUCUGCCCAGUGUAGAGAACGCCGAAGCACAAAGCACAACGGCGCAGCCCGAGGAGGGUACAUCAGCAGAAACCUCUAAAUCAGAGACAGGAAAGGGUUCGAGCGAAGAGGAGAAACAUAAAAAGAAGUCUAUAGAACCUCCUGUUGUUCCAGACCACAAUCUGCAGCUUGUUGUCCACAUACUUGCCGCUCGCGAGUGCAACGGAAAAACCUUUAGGGAAACGCUCUCGACAAUUAACAAUCUUUCAGCCAUCCCUAAAGCCAGGGAUGUAAUUGGAAAUGAAUUAGUCCAUCAGGCGCAGGACUUGAGCACUACUAUCUUAACGGACCUGGAUGAAUUAUUGUCCCAUAUUAAUCAAGCUCGGACUGGCACCGACAUGCAGGGCCUUGCUCUGGCUAAAUUCUCGCCAGCUAGCUCUGACCAAGCGAAAUUGUUACGUGUGUUGACGGCACUUGACUACUUGUUUGAUCCCAGCCGAUCGGAGAAGGCCAAGGGAGGUGAUUCCGAGCAGGCAGCUAAGGAAGACGUCCUACAGACCUUGUACGAAAGUUCUACAUUCGGUCCUCUGUGGACAAGACUGAGUGAAUGCUUGACACUUAUACGGCAGAAGGAGAAUAUGCUGAAUGUCGCAACAAUCCUCUUACCCCUGAUCGAAGCAUUGAUGGUCGUCUGCAAGAACACCUCGCUGAAAGAGACUUCUCUUUCUCGGAACACUCGAGAGCUGUCUGUCGGCGCUGGUUUGAAUAUGGAGGGUCUCUUCUUCAAGUUCACAGAGGAACAUCGCAAGAUACUAAACGAACUUGUUCGUCAAAACCCAAGGUUGAUGAGCGGCACUUUCUCCUUACUUGUCAAGAAUCCGAAGGUCUUGGAGUUCGAUAACAAGCGCAAUUAUUUCACCCGUCGUAUCCAUUCCCGUGGUGCAGAGCCUCGUCAUCCUCACCCUCCCCUUCAACUCUCUGUCAGGAGAGAUCAAGUGUUCCUUGACUCGUUCAAAUCCCUAUACUUCAAGACGGCAGAUGAGCUGAAGUACGGCAAAUUGAAUGUGCGCUUCCACGGUGAAGAGGGCGUUGACGCGGGAGGCGUGACCAGAGAAUGGUUCCAAGUUCUCGCACGCGGCAUGUUCAACCCGAACUAUGCCUUGUUUAUUCCUGUUGCUGCCGACCGGACCACCUUCCACCCUAAUCGCCUGAGCGGUGUCAACUCGGAGCAUCUUAUGUUCUUUAAGUUCAUUGGACGAAUCAUUGGCAAGGCUCUGUACGAAGGCCGGGUGCUCGAUUGCCACUUCAGCCGCGCUGUCUACAAGUGUAUUCUUGGACGUUCGGUAUCUAUCAAGGAUAUGGAGACACUUGAUCUCGACUACUACAAAUCUCUCCUCUGGAUGCUCGAGAACGAUAUCACUGACAUUAUCACCGAAACUUUCGCCGUGGAGACUGAUGACUUUGGUGAGAAGCAAGUGAUUGAUCUUAUAGAAAAUGGAAGCAACAUUCCGGUCACUCAAGAAAACAAGGAGGAGUACGUGCAGCGUGUCGUGGAUUAUCGUCUCGUGCGAUCCGUCAAGGAGCAGCUCGACAAUUUCCUCAAAGGGUUCCAUGAGAUCAUCCCAGCAGAUCUGAUCUCGAUUUUCAACGAGCAAGAACUUGAGUUGUUGAUUUCCGGUCUUCCCGAGAUUGAUGUGGACGACUGGAAGGCCAAUACCGAGUAUCACAACUAUUCGGCCUCGUCGCCUCAAAUCCAAUGGUUCUGGCGUGCCGUUCGCUCAUUUGACAAAGAAGAGCGGGCUAAGCUGCUGCAAUUUGUCACCGGAACGAGUAAGGUGCCACUCAAUGGUUUCAAGGAGCUUGAAGGUAUGAAUGGAGUUAGUCGAUUCAACAUUCAUCGCGAUUAUGGCAAUAAGGAUCGCCUCCCAAGCGCGCACACAUGUUUCAACCAGCUUGAUCUCCCGGAAUACGAAAGUUAUGAGACUCUGAGACAACGGCUGUAUACUGCCAUGACAGCUGGUAGCGAAUACUUCGGGUUCGCAUAG